AUGCACGACGACCGCACCGCUGAGCUCGAGAAGGGCAGUCCAACCUCUUCAAGUCCAUCGAGUCCAGCGGAGCCCAAGCCUCAAGCAUCUGGCCCACCAGCAGCACCCGAAGGAGGCACAAAAGCCUUCCUAUCGCUACUCGGAGGCUCCUUGGGUCUUUUCAUCUCAUUUGGAUGGGUCAAUUGCAUUGCUCUGUUCCAAGCUGAAUAUCAGACCAACCAGUUGAAGACCUCUAGCAGCUCGGAGGUGUCCUGGAUCACUUCGUCCGAAUUUUUCUUCAUGCUGUUCAUGUCACCGUUGUCUGGAUAUCUAUUUGACAACUAUGGACCACGAUUGCCGAUCUGUAUCGGUGGAUUGAUGCAUGUGUUUGGCCUCAUGAUGACCAGCGUGUCAAGCAAAUACUACCAAUUCUACUUGGCACAGUCGGUUUGCUCAGGAAUCGGCACAUCGCUCAUUUUCACUCCGGCAAUGACUUCACCUAUGACUUACUUCAGAAGGCGCCGCGCUUUGGCAGGAGGAUUGACCGUUGCAGGCUCGAGUCUGGGUGGUGUAAUCUUUCCCCUCAUGGUCAACAGCCUCCUUUCGGAGGUCGGCUUUGCAUGGACGAUGCGAAUCUGCGCUUUCUUGAUCCUUGGGCUCUGGGCUAUUGCCAUGCUCACCAUCUCCUCCAACUUGCCUUACACUCGCAAGGAGUUCAACCUUGCGAACUACCUUCGGCCUUUCACGGAAUUCAACUUCUUGAUCUUGUUGACGUUCUGCUUUUUCCUUUACUGGGGAUUGUUUGUCCCUUUCGACUACCUUGUCCUGUCUGCUAUGCACAACGGAAUGUCAAUGACUAUGGCCUACAAUCUGAUUCCCAUCAUGAACGGAGCGAGCUUUUUUGGACGUACGAUUCCCAAUGGCCUUGCCGACAAGUACGGCCGUUUCAAUGUGCUUAUCAUCAUGCUCCUUUUCACUGGUGUCAUCACUCUGGCCUUGUGGUUGCCUGGUCGCAGUAACGCGGCCAACAUUGUCUUCGCCGCUUUGUUUGGUAUCGGAUCUGGCACCACCAUUGGCUUGACACCGCCCCUUGUGAUGACUCUCUACCCACCUCAGGAGAUCGGGUUUCGAAUCGGGUUGGCUCUUGCUAUUGCAGGCAUUGGUACCCUUACGAGCCCUCCGAUUGCUGGUUCAAUUGCAGAGACAGAUGGAGGCUCUUCCCUCUUUGCGGCCUUGUUCAGUGGCGUGAACUUCAUGGUCGCGACAAUCUUUUUGGCAAGGGCACUGAGCGCAGCAGCCUGCUGCAAUUACAACAUCUGGUGA